AUGGGAAGUUUCAAUACCAGUUUGGGAGAGGGCUUCAUUUUGGUGGGCUUCUCAGAUUGGCCUCACCUGGAGCUCCCCUUUUUUACUUUCAUUUCAGUAUUCUACUCUCUGACUCUCUUUAGCAACACCACCAUUAUCACACUUUCACAACUGGACCCUCGACUGCACACACCCAUGUACUUCUUCCUCUGCCACCUCUCCUUCCUGGACCUCUGCUAUACCACUAGCACUGUGCCACAGCUGCUGAUCAAUCUUUCUGGACUUGAGAGGACCAUCAGCUAUGGAGGGUGUGUGGCCCAGUUCUUCAUUGUCCUUGCUUUGAGUGGAACUGAGUGUGUGCUCCUGGUAGUGAUGGCCUUUGACCGCUAUGCUGCCGUGUGUUGUCCACUCCACUAUACAACCACCAUGCACCCCCUUCUCUGCCUAUCUCUGGCUAUUGUUGCCAGAGUGGGAGGCCUCCUGAAUGCUCUUAUUCAGACAGGCCUUGUGGCAUCCCUGCCACUCUGUGGCCUUCACUGCCUGAACCACUUCUUUUGUGAGAUGCCUGUGUUACUGAAGUUGGCUUGGAAGGAUACAGGAGGAACAGAGGCCAAUCUGUUUGUGGCUGGAGCCAUAACUUUGGUUGUUCCUGUUGCACUAAUUUUAAGAUCUUAUGCCCACAUUGCUCAGGCAUUGCUGAAGAUCAAGUCAAUGACUGGGUGCAGAAAGGCUUUUGGGACAUGUGGCUCCCAUCUUUUGGUGGUCUGUCUUUUUUAUGGCUCAGCCAUGUACACAUAUCUCCAACCCAUGGGCAGUUACUCUGAUAGUGAAGGAAAGUUUGUUGCCCUUUUUUAUACUGUCAUUAGUCCCGUGCUUAAUCCUAUACCCUAA